AUGUCCCUGAUUUCAUGCCACAAGUCGGCGAAGAUUUCGGGGGAUACCAAAAGUUCCCCAUGGAACCUCCCGCCAGGAUCAUUCCUGUAUCCUCAAGAGUGGUCUCGCUUCAUACGUGGGAGCAACGCGCUACCGAGUUACCUCAUACCAAUGAACACCGAAGAAUGUACCUACGAACCAGCCGAGUCAGCAGUCCUGACUAAUCUAGCGGUGCGCGAAAGAAUCACUUCGGACAACCGCACAGAGAGGACCUAUGCCAUUUUCGCCCGUGUACCGGAUAAUCCACAGUACGAAUAUUUGUGGUAUGGAUCCGAGGGUUCACUGAGAAGUAUGGCUUCUGAUGGGGAUCGACUUUUGUCAGAGAUAGCUUCUGAAAGGGGUAUCGAUCUGAAAACCUUUCAAGGAAAAAAAUAUUCUGUGAGACUGACAACGGGAGAACACGUCGACUGGCAGCACAUUUACCUAGAGGGCCAACAUUUCACUGCCUUCACGAAAAGAAAUUCCAACGGUGCCAGACAGUACACCUUCGACCACUCAAAGGCCAGUGAAAGACUCGCAUUCAAGAAAAUGGCGCAGGAAACGAGUUCGUCAAUUGACGAGGAAGCGACGCGGUUUGUGCCCCGACCGAAGGUCGUCAGUCAAAGCGUUGAGGUGGACGGCGGUAAGUUCUCUUGGACCAAGCAAUCUGCAAAGAUGAAUAAAUCAGAUACGACCUCUUAUGACCAGUCCCCGAGAGAGCUGUAUCAGAUCGAAUGGCAACCCAGAUGUGGAAGCGGGAAAACCUCCGUGAGGAUGGCAGCCGAUAUCGAAACAUUGACAGCGAAUGUCAACACAUACUCGGAGAAGCAUCCAGAAUGGUCCCAAGCGCUCAGCAUCAUAAAAUCAGGUCACUGGGCUCUCUAG